AUUUACGCAAAGUAGCCAAAAAUGACAAGACCUGUCAGUCGGGUGUCCCACUUUUUGUGCUCAUGACUGUACGUAAUCAAGGUUAAAAACGGAACAUAAUUAAAGACAGCGUCAUCUGUCAAGAAAAGCUAAACUAUAAACGUCAUAACAAUAAAACGUAACCUAACUUUGUGUUUUCUAUUUUCAUUUUCUCGAAUCAAACAUCAAACUAGUCUGUAUGCUGAUUAAUUGAACAAACUGUCUCGAGUGCCUUGAGAGUGAGAAUAUCAAAAAAAUGUCCCUAUAUGACGACGAAUACGACACGGCGCCCCAAGAAAAAGUCCAGGGAUGGUCUUCAGGGAUAAAAUUGCUCCAGUCUCAGUUGCAGUUGAAAAAGGCUACGGUAACGCAGCCUAAAAGGGACCAGGCACGCAAGGCGAGCCUAGCCCCCGUUAUAGACCUGAAAUCGAAGCGAGACGACGACGAACCAGGAUUACCGCUAAUUGUUCCACCAUUACAGUUUAAUCGGUUUGAAAAAAAGAAAUUGCCAAUGCUAGUGCCUACUAUUACUGGUAAUGCAGGUGGGAUAUACGGCAGUGACUAUGAUUGGAAUGUUACAGACGAAUACGAUCCAUUUUGGCCAAAUCAAUAUGAGAAACUCAAAAAGGAAUUAAGGGAUAAAGAUAAAAGCAGCGAUAGAGAUAGGUCAAGUGAUAGGGAUAGAUUUAGUGAUAGAUCAGACAGAUUUGGCGAUAGAUUUGAUAGACCUCUUGAUAGAUUUGGAGAUAGAGGUGCAGAUAGAUUCGGGGAUAGAGAAAGAGACAAGGACCGCGACAGUGACAGGAAAAAAGAUUCGAGGCGGAAAAGUAGGUUCGAUGAGCAAGAUGCUAGUCCACCACGUAGUUUAACUAUUAUCCCGCCUGCUGCUACGCCUCAAAUGAGUCAGCCUCCAUUAGGAACUGGAUUUGCUGGUCGAUGGGCUUCGGAAGAAGAAGAAGAGAUGCGUCCAAAAACGAAUCGUCCUGUUGGCGGUGCUGCCAUUGCACCUCCACCAAGUUUACAGGAACCUUCACCCGAAUCUGUCCCUAUUUUACCUAACAAAGCACAACCUAGAUCAUAUGGCGGCUCGGUAGCUGCCAAAAUUAUGGCUCGAUACGGCUUCAAAGAGGGACAAGGUCUUGGCAGAAUGGAGCAAGGUAUGUCCAGUGCAUUACAAGUUGAGAAAACAUCGAAAAGAGGCGGUCGAAUUGUCCAUGAAAAGGAUAUUAUGCCACCUCCGCCGCCUGUUGAUCCUGUUGCUGACAAAAAAGAUCCACCUAUUACCGAAAUUGUGAAGAAUCCUAGCAAGGUUGUUUUGCUCAAAAAUAUGGUGGGCCCAGGUCAAGUAGACGAUGACUUAGAACCAGAAGUCAGAGACGAAUGCAACACUAAAUACGGCCCGGUUUCCCGUUGUUGUAUUCAAGAAAUUCCUAAUGUUAUUCCAGAGGAAACUGUAAGGAUUUUUGUUGAAUUCCAAAGGAUCGAAAGUGCCAUAAAGGCAGUGGUGGAUCUUAACGGACGAUUCUUUGGUGGUAGGCAAGUGAAAGCGAAUUUUUAUGAUGUAGAAAAGUUUGACAAUGGAGAGUUGAUGGAUUAGAAUUGGAUUGGUUUAUCAAUUUUUAUAAGAUUAAAUGAUUUUUUGUCUAAUGUAUGGCCAAAUGUGAAAUAUAACAAACUAGAAUUAAAGUCUGGGCAGGAUCAUAAAUAGCCCCCAAAAUUCUCAAGUUUUAAUGAGCGAUUCCUGAUUUCGCCCAUUUAAACUUUUAACUGUAGAUACAUAAUAAUUCCUAUGACGCCUUACAUUGAAAAUAAAUAAACAGUAAAUUGAGCAUAUGAUUUUUUAAUUGAAAAAGUUACUCCUUAUACUUUGCCUCGACUAUAACAGC